UUGAUCUUUUUUUUUUUCUCCGAUGACUGCUUUAUUUCUGGCCUGAAACAGCCGGGUGAGGUCGAAACCGCUUCGUUCGGAAGCUGCUGCCCCGUCCAACUCGUUCCACCAAAGGAAGAAACCCACUACAAACCGCAACUACGAUGUUGCUUCUGCGGAGAGUCCAAAGCGGUGCCUUCGGCGCGUUCAUAAGGAACGGCGCCGUCGGGACCGGAAGUGCCGGAUCAGCGGGAGCACUUAUCGUCGGCUGCCCCAAGUUCGCGCGCAGGAUGGACUACCUGAGGGACCCGAGGAUCUGCAAGAACCUGGCAUUCAGCGCCCGUGACCGGGACAACAUGUCCCUGCGCGGCCUGAUCCCGCCGGCCGUGCGCUCUGUGGAGACCGAGCUGCAGGCGGUCAUGGACAACAUCAAGCUGUACGAGUCCGGACUCGCCAAGUACCUGUACCUGCGGGAGCUGCACGACUACAACGAGAAGCUGUUCUUCCGCGUGCUGAAGGAGUACACCGAGGAGCUGAUGCCGCUGGUGUACACGCCCGUGGUGGGCGAGGCGUGCCUCAAGUACAGUCUCAUCUUCCGCCGUCCCAAGGGUCUCUUCCUGACGGCGCAGGACGCCGGAAAGCUCUACGACGUGAUGGGCAACUGGCCCGAAAAGCAGGUCGACGCCAUCGUGGUGACGGACGGCGAGCGCAUCCUGGGUUUGGGCGACUUGGGCGCCAACGGCAUGGGCAUCCCCGUCGGCAAGCUCGCCCUGUACACGGCGCUGGCCGGCAUACACCCCGAGCGAACGCUGCCCGUCAUGCUGGACCUCGGCACCAACAACGAGAUUCUGCUGGCUGACCCGUACUACAUCGGUUUGCGCCAGAAGAGGAUUCGUGGCGCCCAGUACGACGACUUCGUGGAGGAGUUCAUGCAGGCGGCAGUCAAGAGGUUCGGAAAGAAUUGCCUGAUCCAGUUCGAAGAUUUUGGCAACCGAAACGCGUUCAAGCUGCUCGCAAAGUACAAGAACAGCUACUGUACCUUCAACGACGACAUUCAAGGCACCGCAUCCGUGGCAGUGGCCGGUCUCCUGGCCAGCAUGCGGAUCACCAAGACACCUCUGUCCUCCAACAAGUUCCUCUUCAUGGGAGCCGGAGAGGCUUCCCUGGGCAUCGCCGAGCUACUGGUCAUGGCCAUGGUCACAGAAGGCACCAGCGAAGCAGAUGCCAGAAAUAGCAUCUGGAUGCUCGACUCCAGAGGUCUUAUCGUCAAGGACCGUGCCCCGAACGGUGACAGCACGCAGUCUCACAAGGAGAAGUUCGCCAAGGACGUGAAGCAGAUGAACAACCUGCCCGACAUCGUCAAGUUCGUCAAGCCCACCGUUCUCAUCGGCGCGUCGGCGCAGAGCAACGCAUUCAACAAGGAGAUCUUGGAGUGCAUGUGCGCGAAUGCCGAGCGACCCGUGGUGUUCGCCCUGAGCAACCCGACGCACAAGGCCGAGUGUACCGCCGACGCUGCGUACACAUACACCGACGGCAAGUGCGUGUUCGCCAGUGGCAGCCCGUUCCCGCCGUUCAAGUACAAGGGCAAGACCUACUACCCGGGACAGGGCAACAACGCGUACAUCUUCCCUGGGAUCGCCCUCGCCGUGUCCGCCUGUGGAGUCACCACAAUCGGCGACGAGGUCUUCCUCAUCGCUGCCAAGACGGUGGCCAACACCGUGACGGAGCAGAACCUGAACGAAGGCCGCGUCUACCCGCCCCUCUCGGACAUCCACGACGUGUCGCUCAGCAUUGCCGCCGAACUGGCGGCCCACUUCUACGCCACCGGGGUGGCGACCGUCAAGCCGGAGCCCAAGGACAAGAUGGCAUUCUUGCAGAGCAAGCAGUACGACUUCAGCUACCCCGGUACCGUCAAGGUCAAGUAGACGACGACGGCGGUGGCGCACACACAAUCUCCUUGUUGUUUUCGUUGUCAUCGUACCCUGUGUGUGUGUGAAGGCCAUCGUCGCGUCUGCGAGCGUGCAAGCGUCUUUCAAGCACCAGUGCACUGCACAGCAAUCGAAUUAUUUAGAUUAAUAUAGUAUUUUGGACUUGGUGGCCAUGCGGAGGAGAAUUAUAGGAUCCAGAUAGAGCAAUUACUAUUGCAUUACAGAUGGCAUCAUUUCUUGGGUGGUGCCUUGGUGGAUAUAAAAAUAGAAACCAGAAAAUACCAAGUAGAGCAUAGUCGACCUGUCUGGGCUUGAAAAAUGAAAAAAAAAAAAGCAACGUCGUGCUUCUUCGAGGUUUUUGUCUCGGAAGUCCUAAGACCUUGAUUACACUUAGCCCUCUUUCAGUGACGUUGGCCCAGUGCACGAACCUUUAAUUUGUUACAUGCUGCGACUGGCGGAAUAAAGCAGGGGUCUUAGGCUACAGCUCAUCAGCCAUCAUGGAGCUGCUUACGAGCUUACCACACAUUAUUUUAGUGAAGCAUGAAACAUGGUAUCAUCAUUUAUAUUUGCACAGUGUUGUGGUUAUAGAGCGGUCUGGUGGUUGGCUUACUAAGUGAUCCUACGGAUCCGUAUAUCUGUGGAGACGAUGUCGGUUUGUAUAGCCCGAGAAAAGGUGGGGUGAGGAGAGUGGUUUAAAUGUAAAGGUCGAACAAAUCAGGUACAUCACUUUCUGUCUAUGUGGUUAGCCCCCCAAUAAGGCCCCAUUCGCUCAGUAAAUCAGACUUACGAUAUAUUACAGCAGUCUGUUUUUUCUAAUUUUCAGAGCGCGGAUUGUUUGACAGGUUUUUAUGUGGUGGACCCUGCAUAGACAGAAUUUAAGUAUAGUUGACAGACAGACCUUACAGGGCUAGCCAAUUGGCGUCGGGUCGGCGCAGUUUGUUUUCUCAGUUGCCCUUCUAUCAUGCAAUCAUAGGCUGUAAAUCAGCAAGGAUGCCAGCCCUGUCAUAGUACUUUUUUUGUACUCAAGGAGAACGGCGUGCUUGGAAAACUUGAACUUGCUGUACUCGCGGUAAUUACGUUCUUUAGCGCACGUUGAUCAGAGCUCAUCGUUUCGUAUUUGCCAAUGGGAUCACUUGUGUACGAAAUUCGAGAGACAGCUUUAACUAUUGAGACACUGACUAAAAAUAGUUAUCGGGAUAGAUUCGCGACCAAUAUUUAUGCCUGCCUAGAUUUGCGCUCCUCUGCACCUUCAAUUUCACCCAAAGGAAUUGGGCCCUUUGUUUUUGAAAGUUUCAAAACUCCUGCCUGACCGCAGCCUUCUCAGCGACCUGAAGUGUUCGCUCGUGUUUCCGGACGCAGAAAUUCGCGCUCUUCGUCGAGGAUUUGUGAGAUUUAUAUCGACAAAGAACCACCUUAAUGUGACAUGCAGGUUAUGACAGCUGAUGUCAUGUGGUCAGGAGAUAAGGUCAUCGAAGCCACACUGAGAGAUCAGCUGGGCCUUGAGAAGCACACAUGGUUUGAAACUGUCGCUUCUCACUGCAAACAUGAGCCUCUGGGAGGCGCAGUCUUACACACUACCGUUGCAGCGUUUAUUUUAUUUUAUUUCGUUUUUUAUUGCUGUCACACUGUCUUUAUUGCAACUCCAAGUUGUAGUUCGACACUAGUGAAGAAUGAAUCUCGAAGCGUGUCAUACAUCCAUUUCAAACCACUUGGGUAUUUGACCAGUCUGACGUGCAUUGAUAUCAAGAGGAAUUCCUAGCGCUACUGGCACACAAAAUAUCACGCCGAAAAAUGAGCUUUCCAUUUUGACAUUUAUUUGAGUGUUGCUUCUGUGUUGCUUGUUUCACUCAGCUCGUAUGCACGGAUAAACUGUAGGGUGCUUCUCCUUUGACAGAUGUCGAUUUACAGGAUACAUUUAAGUUCCUGGACACCUUUCAGAAAUCACAAAACUGAGCCUAGACUCAAUGCCGCCGCCUCUUUGAAAUUGCGGAGGAGAUGGUUUUCGGCACCUGUUAAUUUAUUUAUUUUGUAUUGCAUUGGGGUACUUUGGUGGCGCAUGUGAGCGGCUUUUUUUCAGUUUUCAUUGAAGUCUUGAUCCCUCUGUCAAUAGUUUGUCUAUCAGCUUUGUCUAUGAAAUAUGUCAGUGGUAAAUAUCUACUCACACAAUACAAGGCCGUCGUUGUCCUUGUUUAACUAUCGGAAUUUCAUGUUGUCCUAGCGCUUACGCAUUUAGUUUCAUUUUACAUCUGAAACGUCUGAAGAAAGUUGUGGGUAGGCUUUGCUUCACUGUACCUUUCUAUCCGAAUACUUGCAAAAUAAUGGAAUUUUAUGUUGAACUUGGUACAUACAGUGCGAUAACUGUUUGAAGUAUUUGUUUCGUGUUAACUUUGUGAAGACUAAUAAUUAUAAUUGAUGCACGCAGCGGCGUUGACGUUGCGCUGCGGGCAGACCAAGCAAAUGCUACAAGGGGGCGUUGCGGCGGAAAAUUAAUGACUUAGAACGUAGCCUCUGCAUACAAUUUGAAAGAGACGCGCGGAAAGUUUUAAGCGACCCUGUCUUAUGCGAUGUUAUCUAACAACACGCAUUGGCUUUCAUCACAAGCUCCGAAUUCCGGGCAUACUUUUCUUCUAUAAACAAAACAAAAAAAAAAAGCAUCUGUUGCUACUCAAAACCAGUGAUUGCGUGUCGGAGUCGGGGUAGCUGAACACACAUGUCCUUCAGUCAAAAACUUAUUUCGACAAUACUUCAUUGUUUUGUGAUUCGGCCUUUCCGUCCUGCCUUCUAUGAUAACCAUAUUGUUUCCAGUAUGUCUUAUUGCUUGCUUGUUGGGUUUUUAUGUAAUUUGAAACGCAAUGCAUAGUGAAUGUGGUUGUGACGGGCUUGGGGAAAAACAAUGAAUGUUGUUUCUUAAACUAUAACAGCGCUCACGCAGCAGGCAAAGAACUAUUUAGUAAAGCUAUGUAGUCAUGUUCAUGUUUAUGUUGCAUGGAUGAGGAUGUCUGCUAUGGUAAGUUUUGCUACAUUCCCAAUGACAUAUAGAAAGAAGUAAAGGAAAUUGGAACUCAAGGUGUCUUGAAACGUAAUUUUGGGGACGUGUCCAUAGUGACUGCCCGUUGAUUUCAAUUUUAUUCAGGAGAUUUGAUGGUAUUUCAUCUUACCUAACAAACUGUCGCUUCUGUUGCGAAACAUUUGAAAUCUAGAUGCGCAGAAAGCCGGCUAUGUGACAAGGUUGCCUGUAUCGAGAAUGCCGUGACUGUGGUUGUGUUUCUGUCAGUUGCGCAGGUAAUUAAAGAAUUUUCAGUCAAUUAUAUCAACGACCUUGUAUUGGCUUUUAGAAGGUGUGUGAAGCAGAUCAAAGUUUGUUUGACAUCGUUUUCCGCAAAUUAUGUGGCAAAUAAAACGUUAAUGCAGGCUGCAUGAAAACAAUUAACUCACAAAUGUCAAUAAAUUGCAUUGCCGCAUGUUGCGUCUAUCACCAAAUAUUAUCGCGUUAUCGUCUGUCAUCAGACAGUUGUGUGUCCAAGAGGUAGAAAAAGAUCUCGCAAGAUAUACCCAAAAGUGGUGGUAGUACUA